GAAGCACAGUCAUUCCGACAUAGAGACUCAGAACAGUACGGUAGUACUUACAGUUUAGUACGCGAUUAUUGUUCGAUUAUAAAUCGUAACUUUCUUCUUCUUUCUUUCUUUCUUUUUUAUCUUCGAUUCUUUUUCUAUUACGAAAAAAAACGAGAUAAAUAAACAGAUAGAUAGAUAGAUAGAUAGAUAGAGAGAGAGAGAGAUUGACCAAUUUAAAUUCGUUUUUCAUUUUCAUCGAGGAAGACAACAAAACUCAAGAGAAAGAAAGAUGCAGUCGCUACGGGGUGCAGUAAUAUUGACGAUGUUCUUGAUCGUUAUGAUUGGUUGGACUACGGCGAUACCAACACCCGAAAAGGAUGUACUUUUGAACGACGUGGACUUGGUGGAUGAUGACGGUAGCAUCGAUGCAGCCCUAAUAAAUUAUCUAUUUACGAAGCAGAUCGUAAAACGACUUAGAAACCAACUCGACAUUGGAGAUCUCCAACGUAAGCGAAGUUAUUGGAAGCAAUGCGCCUUCAAUGCAGUUUCCUGCUUCGGCAAAUAAAUCAUUCUACUUUAUUGCUUGCACAAAGGAAAGAUAAGGAAAAAAGAAAAGGAAGAAAAAGAAAAAUGAAAGGAAAAAAAUGAUCAAAAACAAACAAAAAAAAAACAAAAAAGAAAAAAAAAAAGAGGAUACCAUAUUCAACUAUCUCUAUUUCCCUCUUUUAUCCUUUUCAAAGUCUCGCCUUAAAAAUGAAAUAAUUACGACGAGAAAGAUAUCUUCGAUAAAGAGCAACAAAUAUAUACGUAUAUAUAAAUAUAUAUAUAUAUAUAUAUAUAUAUAUAUAUAUAUAU